AAAAGACACCGGAUUAAGUCAAAUUCAAAUGUUCCAUGUGUCCCGAAAGACUUGUUGAUGAUGUCAGAAUUAGUUCUCCCACAGUUCAUCUUUAGUCUUAUUCAGCACUUGAGAGAGGGGUAUAAUGAGCCUGCUCUUGAUCUGCCAUCAGAGAAAGACCUUCAUAAAAUCCUGCAGGUUUUGGAGCCUCACGUUUCCUUUUUAGAAGAUUUGACCAAAAUGGGAGGAGCAAUGCGAUCAGUUCUUACCCAGGUUUUGACUAGCCAGCAGUUCUACAAAGAUCUUAGCUCUGGUGUUGGAGAGAAUGCAUGUGCAAAGAAAAGUCAUGAGAAGUACCUCAUUGCUUUGAAAGGCUCUGGACUGGCAUUUCCUGAGGAUAAAAUUGCAUGUGGUAUGCAGGAACAAGGAGCUGGAACUAGCACAUUAGCAGUUCAAGGUUUAGCAGGUGCUACAGCAACAUCAGGACAAGGGGAUUCUUCAGAUGAGGAGGACCAGGAUGGUAGCCAAGGUGUGGGCAAGCGCAAGAGAGUGAAACUAAGCAGCACCACCAAAGAUCAAUCUAUCAUGGAUGUUUUGAAGCAUAAAUGUUUUCUGGAAGAAUUAUUAUUUUGGACAAUAAAAUAUGAAUUUCCACAGAAGAUGGUGACUUUCUUACUCAACAUGCUGCCAGAUCAAGAUUAUAAGAUUGCUUUUACCAAAACUUUUGUUCAGCAUUAUGCUUUUAUUAUGAAAACACUGAAGAAAAGCCAUGAAUCAGACACAAUGUCUAAUAGAAUUGUGCAUAUCAGUGUUCAGUUGUUCAGCAAUGAAGAACUAGCACGCCAAGUAACAGAAGAAUGUCAGCUGCUGGAUAUUAUGGUCACUGUUCUGUUGUAUAUGAUGGAAAGUUGCCUUAUUAAAAGUGAAUUGCAAGAUGAGGAAAAUAGUUUACAUGUUGUGGUGAACUGUGGGGAAGCACUACUGAAGAAUAAUACUUACUGGCCCCUUGUUAGUGAUUUUAUAAACAUACUUUCACACCAAAGCGUGGCAAAGAAAUUUUUGGAAGAUCAUGGUCUUUUGGUAACAUGGAUGAAUUUUGUAUCAUUCUUUCAAGGUAUGAAUUUAAAUAAACGAGAAUUAAAUGAGCAUGUGGAGUUUGAAUCACAGACAUACUAUGCUGCCUUUGCUGCUGAGCUGGAAGCCUGUGCCCAGCCAAUGUGGGGUCUUCUAUCACACUGCAAAAUUAGGGAAACGCAGGAAUACACACGAAACGUUGUCAGAUACUGUCUUGAAGCACUUCAGGACUGGUUUGAUGCUAUCAACUUUGUAGAUGAGCCAGCUCCUAACCAGGUUACUUUUCAUUUGCCACUGCACCGUUACUUUGCCAUGUUUUUAAGUAAGGCUGUCAAAUGCCAGGAACUAGAUCUGGAUACUAUCUUGCCAGAUCAGGAGAUGCUGAUGAAACUAAUGAUUCACCCACUUCAGAUUCAGGCAAGUCUUUCUGAAAUUCACAGCAACAUGUGGGUUAGAAAUGGCCUACAAAUUAAAGGACAGGCCAUGACUUACGUGCAGUCUCAUUUCUGCAAUUCAAUGAUUGAUCCUGACAUUUAUCUGCUGCAAGUCUGUGCCUCUAGGCUGGACCCAGAUUAUUUUAUUUCAUCUGUUUUUGAAAGAUUUAAGGUGGUAGAUCUGUUAACGAUGGCAUCGCAGCAUCAAAAUACAGUUCUUGAUUCAGAGCACGAAAGGUCCAUGUUGGAAGGAGCCUUAACGUUUUUGGUCCUUCUGUUAAGUCUUCGUUUACAUUUAGGAAUGACAGAUGAUGAGAUCCUCAGAGCAGAGAUGGUAGCUCAACUCUGUAUGAAUGACAGGACACACAGUUCAUUGUUGGAUCUGAUUCCAGAAAACCCCAAUCCUAAAAGUGGUAUUAUUCCAGGAAGCUUGAGCUUUGAAUCAGUCUUGUCAGCAGUUGCUGAUUUUAAAGCUCCUGUUUUUGAACCUGGAGGUUCCAUGCAACAAGGAAUGUAUACACCUAAAGCUGAAGUUUGGGAUAAGGAAUUUGACCCUGUCAUGGUAAUACUUCGAACGGUUUACCGUAGAGAUGUGCAGUCUGCAAUGGACAGAUAUACAGCAUUUUUAAAGCAAAGUGGUAAAUUUCCUGGGAACCCAUGGCCUCCUUACAAGAAGAGAACACCACUACAUCCAAGUUACAAAGGUCUCAUAAAGCUUUUACACUGUAAAACCCUGCACAUCGUGCUGUUCACACUUCUUUACAAG